UGGGGACCUUUGCUAGUAGGAAACAAAAACCCUAACGAAACGAUGUGUAUUGCGUGGAAUUUCUCUCGGCUUCACGACAUUUGUCCGAAGAAUACUUCUGCCGUCUGGACUAAAAGUAGUAGAAAAUGAAAGAGCUUCUUUUAUCUGAUCAAGCGACAUUUUGUCAAGGAGCGUGGACAAGGGAGCAAUUCGUUUUAAUUCGUCAAGCGUCAACUUCGAAUAAUCGAUUCCGACACUAGCUAAUUGAGCCAUUUACCUUUUGUAUAUUAACGGUGAAUUCUAA